CCACAACGAGCGACUGUGCCGCAGCGAUGCUUCCCUUCUUUGUUGUCUUCGAAUUGGCUUCUGUAUGACUAUGACCCUCCGUCCCAACACUCUUCGGUGUUGGAUUAUAAGUUUGAAGGCUGUAUACCUACCUAGGUAAUCAUAGGUGGUCUAUUCUGUUUCACCAUCCUAACCGCGGGAACUCUAUUCACGUGUUUGCCUACUCGAAUACCACUUUUACACUUUUCCUCCUAAGAAACGCGAACUUGCUCAUUAUUCGUGAAGUUCGAGCAUCCGAGAUGUCGCCUCCGCCAGAGUUCUGUCAGCCUCCGACCAAGAGCUUCAGCGUGGCCGUCGUCGGGGGCGGUAUCGCCGGCCUGACCCUCACCCUCCAGCUGCUCCAGAGCCGGAUACCUGUGACCCUCUACGAGCAGGCCGCCAAGUUCAGCGAGAUCGGGGCGGGCGUAUCCUUUGGCCCCAACGCCCUCCGGGCCAUGUCCCUCAUCUCGCCGCACGUACGGCAGGCCUUUGAGAACCACGCGACGAAUAACCUGUCGGAGGACCACCGGAACGUGUGGUUCGACUUCCGGUACGGCGAAAGCUGCGGCGGCAGGCACCGCGAGGGCGAGAUGAUCCACCGCCAGGUGUGCGAGACGGGCCAGACCAGCGUUCACCGGGCGCACUUCCUGGACGAGCUUGUCAAGCUUCUGCCGGAAGGGGUCGCCAUGUUCGGAAAGCGGGCGGUGGGCUACGAAGACGACGGCGCGCGCGUGUCGUUGAGGUUCCAGGACGGCACGACCGCCGUCCACGACGCGGUGGUCGCCUGCGACGGCAUCAAGUCCAGGCUGAGGAGCGUGAUGCUCGGCGAGGCCAACCCGGCCUCCAAGGCCGUCUUCUCCGGCAAGUACGCGUACCGCGGCCUCGUCCCCAUGGAGGAGGCGGAGCAAGUGUUGGGCGAGGAGCUGGCGAGGAACAGCCAGAUAUACUCUGGACGGCACGGGCACAUCCUGACGUUCUCUGUGGCGAAGGGAAAGAUGAUGAAUGUGGUUGCUUUCCGCAGCGCGGACGAGUGGCCGUCGGACAACUGGGUCGUGUCCGUGGACAAGGAGGCCAUACUUCGGGACUUUGACGGCUGGGGCGACCAGUGCCGCAACAUCAUCCAGAUGAUGCGCAAGCCCGACGUGUGGGCGCUCUUCGACCACCCGCCGAGCCCGACCUACUACCGGGGCCGGGUCUGCCUGCUCGGCGACGCCGCCCACGCCUCGACGCCGCACAAGGGCUCCGGCGCGGGCAUGGCGAUCGAGGACGCGUGCGUCCUGGGGACCCUGCUGGGCCUGGUCCCGGACGCGCGAGGCCCGGGUGGGGGCGUCGAGGCGGCGUUCGCGGCGUACGACGCCACGCGGCGCGAGAGGUCGCAGCGGCUCGUGGUCGACAGCCGCGAGCAGGGCCGGCUGUACGACCUGGAGCUGGGCGACGACCCAACGUGGAUCGCCGAGGACCUGUCGACCCGCAUGGACUGGGUGUGGAAGUACGACCUGGCGCAGGAGCUGGAGCGAGGCCGGAGGGAGGUGGAGAAGUACCAGAAGGCGUCCGACACGCGGGCACAACUGUAAACUUGUACUAUGAGUGAUGAUAAGGGCACGAUUUGUCUUGUUUUGUAUUAAAGGAGGCUUGUUGAGUAAGCACAAGUUAGGGUGUCACGUUGUAAAAAGAAAGCUCUCUGGCCUCUGCGAGCAGCAACUUACAUGUGUCAAAAAGUAUUUGACUAAAAUGUCCGAGUUUCUGAAAUCAACU